GUAGUCGCCGACUAAACACCAAGAUGAUGGAGGCCUAACCCUACCGAUUUGAUAGCUGUCGACCAUCCUACAAGGGAGCUUACUGUACUACCUGAACAGUCAAACCUGCUUCGGCACUAAAUCGUUUACCUACAACGAACACCAGACCCUACCUCUUCUUCUCAAUUGAUCCGUCACACCACAUCUCAACAUGUCAUACAAGCUCAAAGGCCGCAACGUCCUCGUCACCGCCUCCUCCAACGGCCUUGGCGCCGAAGUCGCCCGUCAAUUCGCCGCGGCUGGGUGCAACGUCGCCAUCAACUUUCACUCUUCCCCCGACGCCGCAAACACUGUCGUCGAUGCCUGCAAAGCCGAGAACAUCUCCUCCAUCGCAAUCCAGGCCGAUUUGUCGUCCAAAGAUGACUGUGAAAGACUCGUCAAGGAAGCGAAGGAGCAGUUGGGUGGGUUGGAUGUUGUUGUGAGCAAUGGUGGUUGGACAAAGUUUGCGCCAUUCGAGGAUCUGGAGGCGUUCAGUGAUGAGGAAUGGGAUAAAUGUUGGACAAUGAACGUCAAAUCCCAUUUCUGGUUGUUCCGUGCUGCAAAGCCGUUCUUGGAGGCGAAUGAGGAUGGGGGUGUAUUCCUGAUAUCCUCCUCUCUCGCGGCCCUCAAACCAUCCGGCUCCUCCCUCCCCUACUCCACCACCAAAUCCGCAUCCCUCCACCUCACCAAAUGCCUCGCAACAACAUCCACCCGAAUCCGCGUCAACGCCGUUCUCCCCGGUCUCCUACUCACGCAAUGGGGCCAGAAGUUCGGUGAAGAGAAGAUUCGGGAGAUUGCGGAGAGGGCACAGUUGAAGCAGGUUACCGAGGUGGAGGAUGCGGCACAGAUGUUUGUUGGGUUGGCGGCGAAUGGGGGGAUUACCGGACAGGGUGUUUGUGUUGAUAGUGGGAUUGGGUUCAAGUAAGUGAGGGGGGUUGCCGAGG